AUGUCCAGCCUUAAAAGUGCACAAAUUGAUGAGUUCGUUAGUGGGCUGAAGCAGGAACAACUUGACCUUCUGAUGAAGUACAUUUACAGAGGAUUUCAGUCCCCAAGGGACAUCGCGCCGGCAGCUCUUCUUGCCUGGCACGAGAAAGUGAGUUUACCGCUAAUUAGUUUUUCGAUUUGGUUUCCCAUGAAUAUAGCUAUUUUCAGAUUAUGUUUGCAGUUUUUCGCAUGGAACGCUGUCUACUCUUUAACGCCCAUCGGCAGCUUCGAUGUUGGUACCCCACGUAAUGGGAGUCAUUCAAGAUAGUUUGCCGGUCUUUGCAUCAUAUACUAAAGCUAGAGUAAUGUAGCGCGCUUAUUUGUAGAUUGCCCCAACGACACACUAUUCUUCAUACCUACAUACAGUAGUCGUCAGAUGGAUCGCUUUAACAGACUGCAAUAUUUACUGCAGAACUCAGUGCGGCCCGCAAUUCGUGAUUGUGGCCAGGUCGUCCACAUUCAUGGCCUUUUUAAUACUUCGUAUUCAAACAGCGGGCGUUUUGACGACUGCACUAUCUCCUGAUCUGUCUUUGCCAUAUCUGUCUGUUCGUUUUUGAUAAGCGCCAUUUCGGCAGUCGCAAAAGCAUAGUUAAGAUGGUGCCGCUUAUGGGUACCACAGUAUUUUUAAAAAAGUCGGUCUUUCAUCCUCUGCAUUCGGUGUUGGUCACUGAUUAACGUGAGGGCGUUUCGCAGUUUUCCUAUUCUUUUGGCCGAAUCUCUCCAGUGACACAGGCACUUCUGGAGGGGGUUGAACACGCUGUGGUGAACUGAAGUCCUCUGCCCUAUUUACUCUUGACAUCAUACUUGCCUGUUCCUGUUGCAGUCGGGCUAUAACUUAUCUAUCCGUCGUUUAUAUUCCGCCCGGUCACGAAAUUGCAAAAAUUAGGCAACAUGCUCCAAGUUGCAGCAAGCAUGGUGACAUGCACUUUGUCCGGUUAGCUUUAUAAUAUAAUAACUAUAUGCUCGACAAGGCCAGGUAUGACAUAAGUGGCGGGCUUUUGCAAGAUUACUAAAUCUUUGAAAUUGAAUUUCGAUGGACGCUUAAAAUGACACGACAUUUCCACAAUCGAUAACCGAUCAGCUGUAGUUGAAUACGACAGUUCGACCGCCCUUGCCGACGAUGCCCACAUUGUGCUACGCACCAAGAUGCAGCAGGUACGGUGACUUGCGCUUGAAUUAGUUUAUAGUGAUAGUGGACAUGCGAAGCGUCUACCGCACUCUCUUUCCUGCUCCCCCCUGGUUCCGCUGACAAGACAGGGCCAAGAAGACCGGAGGCGGGGGAAGACACGGGUAGAUGGCACGAUCGAGCCCGCACCUUGGCGUUCCACUACAUCUCCCUCCUGCUUCACAUAGCAAAUGACCAAGUUUUUGACCACCAACAACAACACCCAGACAGGGGUCAGAAGGACGAGGAUUAUGACUGGGCAGCCAUGCCCACCACCUGUUUAACCAGCGGGGGCCUAGGCGUAUCUAACAGCAUGGAACCAGGUGUCAGGUAACUGUCAGUGCAUUCCAGGCUGCGAGGGCCAUGGUUUGCUGAUACCAAUAUAACACGCGCUUCCAGACCCUUUGACCUAGAAGGGCGGCACGUGGCUUUACAUUUAGUCUGGGCCGCCCGCCUUCAAGGCUGAGUAACCAAAUAUUCAUCAACUGAGAAGCACUUCCCAUAACACACACACAAACACAAACGCUCCUCAGAUGCAUGAGAGUGUCACAUCUUGCUUGAGAAGGGGCCGGGACAUCCUGGACCUCAGUCCACCAGUCUGCCAAUCCACACAACGCACAAAACUGGGCAGACUGCGUGGGCUGAUUUGGGACGUCAAUCGGCUGCAUUUCGAGCCACGGCACUCGACGCACCGUCUUCGUCUCAGAUUCCGAUUGCGCAUGCAGCAACGGAGCCGCAUGGAGAAGGAGGCCGAGACGAACGCUUCCCGCUUGCGUGGGAGGUUGCACUUGGGUGCUUGCGAUGGGUGAUGUUGGUGUGCGGUGAGAUGCUAGUAAUGGAGGAUGUGGUGGUGUAGCGCUGCUGGCGGUUGUCCACUACAGGUUUUCUUGGACGCGCAUGUAGACCUAUGUGGUGAAUAAAUAUUCUAGUGCAAUGUGGACAGUGGAGGCGAAUGCGGCGAGCGUUGAUUGAUGCUCUAGGCACUGGUUUCUCAGUCUCUGUGCGAUGGAUUCGCAAGUUACCGACCAGGCCGAUGUUUGAGGUGAAUGUACGGGGACGAUGUGGACAGGAAAAGUUGGCGGUGUCAGUGUCGGUUUCAGAGAUGGUGGCAGUGGCUGAGCUGUUGAUGGUGGACACGUUGGGCGACGGAUUGUGCGUUGGGCUAGGCAUGGUGGCUGUGCAAAUUGUACUGAGUAUGUGGAUCUUAUGAUGAUGGGCGUGGCGGAGUGUGGGUUGAGCUAGGCGUGGCGGAUGUGCAUGAGGUGCUAAGUGUGUCGAGACUGCGUUCAAUUCCGUUCUCGUGGAUACGCAUGUGACCACGUAGGCGCCUGCAGUGAGUAACUGUGCAGGGGCAGUGUGGACAGUGGAGGCGAGUGUAGGUUGGCACUCCAGGCACUGGUUCGUCCGUUUCUGUGGGAUGGGUUCGCAAGUGACCGACGAGGCCAAUGUGUGAAGUGAAGGUGCGGUCGCAAUGUGGACAGGUAUGGGUCGAGUCCACAUCACUGGCGUUUUUGGUAGGAGGGUUGGUGUUUGUUGGCGUGCCAGGAUUGUGUGCAGUGAUGGUGGGUACAGGAGCCGCCGUAGCGGAUGUUGAGGCAAUGGAGGAGGCGCUGCAGGUGGUACGAAGGUGUCCUACAAGUAAGAUUGGUGCCCCGAACGUCCGCUGACAGCAUGCGCAGGUCGGGCGUGGUUGAUUGUUGACGUUGCGGGGGGGGGACAUUGGAGAUGUACGAGAAUCGCGUUUGGCGGCGGUAACGCGGUUAGCUUCGUAGAUCGCUGCGCCUGUUUCCACUGUCUUCCUCCUGGUCGGUCAGUCCCGGGCGAGGUCUUCCCAGUUGGACGAGUCGAUUUGCAGGCGCCUCAGGGAAGUCCUUGUGACAUCCUUGUUACGCCAGUCUUGACCUCCUUGUCGGCGGAAACCCGUGGCGGCAUCUCCACGGAAGAGUCAUUUUGGUAGCCGCUCGUCGUCCAUCCGCACGAGGCGGCCGCUCCAGUGCAGUCGCAGUUGUCUCAGCAUAGCGUAAAUGCUGAGAGUUCCCAUCCGUUUCAGUACGUCUGUGUCCGGAAUCCGGUCCUCCCACCCCAGCUUCAAUAUCCGUCGGAGACAGCUGAGGUGAAAGUCGUUGAGCCUUCGUGCCUGUUUCUUGUACACCCUCCAGGUCUUCGCCUCAUACAGCAGCGUCUGCAGGAUAACCGCUUUGUACCUCUUCAUUUUGACCCUGAGAUGGAGACCUUGCCGAUUCCAAACUGUGUUUCACAGACCGUCGAAGGCUUGGCUGUUUUUCUAAAUCCAGUGGGCCACUUUAACGCUCAUUUUGGUGUUAGGGGAGAGAGUGCAACUCAGGUAAAUAAAGUUGUCCACGACUUGCAGUUAGACGCCAUUCAUGUUGCGACGUAGGCAGCGUCGGGUUACGAUCGAUGCAUGACCACCGUCUUCUCCGUGUUGAUGACCAGGCCGAACUUGUCGCAGGCGACGUUGCAGAGUUCCAUACUCCUUUGCAUGCUCCCUUCGAAGCGGCGUUGAGAGCGCAGUGGUCGGCGAGGAGACGUUCAUGGACAGAAGUUGCGGAUACACGGGACUAGAAGUGCAUCUGCCGCUGAUUGAAGAGUUUGCCGUCCGUCCCGUAGGCGACGCGGAUCACGGGGAAUUCGUCACGGUAGGCGUCAAUCAGAGUGGCAGAGAACAUGAGACUAAAGAGGGUAGGCGCGAGGACACAGCCCUACUUCACAGCGUGGGUCACUGCGAGUGCCACUGCGACAGCUCCAUUGUCCAUGACACGCGCCAUUAUGCCAUCGUGGAGCCGACACGUCAUCUGAGUGAAUUGUUCGGGACAGCCAAAUUUCUGCAUGAUUUUCCACAGUCAUUCGCGAUUCACCACGUCGAAUGCCUUCAUCAGUUCUACGAAGGUAGAGCACAGGUAGGUCCGCAUCUCCUGAGACCUUCCCUGCAGUUAGCGGGCAUCGAAGAUCAUGUCGGUGGUUCCACGAUGACGGUGGAAGCCGCAGUGGCUUUCCGUCAGCAGACCCUGUUCCGGGUGAUUGUUCGGGCAGUUGAGAAGGAUGCGAACGAAGAUUUUCCCGGCAGUGUUCCGCAAGGAGAUGCCCCGAUGUUUGUCUCAGAGCUGACGAUUACCUUUCGGCAGAUAGAGGUGAACGAUUGUGGUGUUCUUGGUUUCCUGCAGGACUUGUCCCUGAUGCCACAUCUGGAAGAGCGCCGUCAGAUGAUCCUUGAGUUUGGGGCCACAACGCUUGUAGAUCUCAGAAUGGAUCGCGCCCGAUCCGGGGGCUUUCCCGCUAAAAAGCUGCUGCACGGUCCUGAUGGCAUCGUGGAUAGAGAUCAGGAGGUCGGGGUCAGCGUUGGUCUUCAAUUGAGGCAGUCAUUAUCGUCAAACCAGUCCUGGUGUUGGUGACAUACAGGAUCGAAGACAGCCGGGGCCGUCGACUGGACUGUGUCCCGCAGUUAACACCAUCGGUUUUCCACGGAGGCGUUAUCGUCGGCGGUGGCGACUGAAAGGUUGGCUAGCCUUUGAGCUAGCUCAUUUCGGAAAUGGAGAUGGUGAGCAGACAAAGACAACAGAGCAAUAUGUGACUUACCUGGUGGUUGCUAACCUUGAGGUCUCCAGCGAGGCUGUAAGCGAAUCCUCAGCUUGGAGAUGACGAGGCGAUGGUCGGUCCACCCGUCGGCACCCGGAAUCACCUUUGUCAUCAACUCGUCUCGCUGGUAUCGCCUCCGGACGAGGACAUAGUCCAGCAGGUGCGAGUGUCGCGACCGAGGGUGCGUCCAAGUCGCCUUCUGUCGCAUCGGGAGGCGGAAGAAGGUGUUAGUCAGAAUAAGCUGGUGUUCUGCGCAGGUUCGUAGAAGGAGCAGGCCAUUGUCACUGGAGCCGUCGAGACUAUGGGGACCCAUCACUACUCUCCAGGCAGCAUGGUCUGUGCCGACGCGGACGUUGAAGUCACUAAGGACAACCAGAUUGCCUGGCUUCGGCACAGUCACCAGGAGGGCGCACUGGUCCAUGCUGAACUUGGUUUUCGCCUGAUCGGAUCUGGUCAUUGGGGGAGGGGGGGGGAGCAUAAACGCUGAUGACGGUGGCAAAUUCGACUCUCCGAGGGAGCAUAGGCUCACGAGGCGAUCGUUGACGCCCUGCGGCAGACAAGACAGUCGUCCCACGAUGUCGUUUGGGAUGUCAAAGGCGACGCCAGCGUUGCGUCACGCUGCCUUGAGGUUUGCCUCUAUGAGCCACCGUAUGCGUGCAGAUGGCAGAGUUUCUCGGCCCUUGGUUGGAGCACCUUUUCUAGCCCCUUUUUCGCGAGGGGGUAAGCGGUGCUAUUCCUAAUUAGGGCCGCUUAGACAUCCCACUCCACUCUGAAUCCCGGCUUUGUUUAGUAGAGAACGACCCGAGUUAGCCUGAGCCGCCUACGGGAUUACGUGUCGCACCUUCCCAUAAGACUUUUUGAAGGCGGUGGGAGGGGAAGGCGAAUGGAAGGAGAAAGCAUUGGAAUGGGGACAGAAUUAUCGAAUGUGGGCACAUGCAGGACAGGCCACUCUCAUCUGAUUUAGUCCGCCGGUCGAGGCGGUUACUGCGAGAUUUGGAAGCCACUCUGAAUAUGGGUACGUAUAGACAAACCACCAGUGUUGAUGAACUAACCGGUCAUUCGUUUCCUCGGAUGUAAGCAAUAUACGGUGAGCCUGUUGUGAUAAAGGAUCGCCAAAAGCGCCUGUCUCACAGUAAACAAGUUCGCAUGCAAGUCGCUACUGCGCCUUUUCUUUGGGCUAGUGGUCGCUACUGUUUUAGACUGUUAUUGUUGUUGUCGUACCUGCUAACCGUGAAGGCGUGAACAUUCUUAUCAGCCUGUAGCAUCCAAUAGUUUCACCUGAAAGACAAUUAACUAACGGUACGCCUACCUGCAUGACUCCUGCCGACGUUCAUAUCACUAGCGCAUCUGGCUGAGCCAGGUUAUUUGCAUGGUUGAGCAAAUUGAUCUUUACAACUCUUCACCACAUUUUGCUGAUGACGAGGCUUCUAAGUUGGCACAUCUACGUAAGGCCGACUAACUCUGUGCAGUGCGUGACCGAUCUCAUGAAAUGUUUGCCGAAAUUCUGAAAUGCGUUUUUGACUAGGAAGGAUUAACAAGGUGGCGUUGUAAUAUUGAUCAUCAUCUAAUAUAGUCUCAUAGAGCAUCGGACUCGCCAGGAUGUCGGCUUUUGAAUGCGCUUCUUUUUUGACCUCCCACAGAAACCGUACUGGGUAAAAAAUGGCUACUUAAGUAGCAGGCAUUUUUCAAAUUGAUCUUCAAUGGUCUUAUAUACUCAAACAUAUUCUGUGGAAAACAUGCACAAAAAUAUGUUUUUCUUACUCGUUUGAUAGAAAAUCACACUGUCUUCACAUUUUAUACCUGAAAAAGUGUAUAUUUAGGUUUUGAAAAAGUUUCCUAAUUCCCGAAUAAUUUUGAGCCAGAUUAGCCUUUACAUUAGCGUCCAGCGAUUUCAGUCUACGAACUGCAUGCGUCCUGCGUAAGGAAAAUCACAUAUUUUUCUGUGCAUUUACAAUGAUACUAUCUAGAUUUUAUAAAAUUUUGCAAUAAAUGCGGACUAUAUUGUACAAUUCGUGAGGAGCAGCGGUCAACGGACAGGUACGAUGCUGUAUGAAUAGACAUUGAACGAUCUUGAAAAUCUCAUAAUUAAAAACUUUUGAAACUUAAUUACACUUCUUUUUCGAGUGUGAAAUAUAAAGCUGACAUGAUUAUCUAUCAACCGAGUGAAAGAAACAAUAUGUUUGUCCAUGUUUUCUAUAAAAUAUAUUUGAAUUUACAAGGCCAUCGAAAAUCCAUAGAAAAAAUGCAUGCUACUUAAGUAGCCAUUUUUUACCCAGUACGGUUUCUGUGGGAGGUCAAAAAGAAGCGCAUUCAAAAGUCGACAUCCUGGCGAGUCCGAUGCUCUAUGAGACUAUAUUAGAUGAUGAUCAAUAUUACAACGCCACCUUGUUAAUCCUUCCUAGUCAAAAACGCAUUUCAGAAUUUCGGCCAACAUUUCAUGAGAUCGGUCACGCACUGUAUCUCGCUGUUUCUAGCCUGGUUGGCGGCCCCUUUGUCACGUUCAACUUUGCGAGCUUUUUGUAGGUGGCGACUCGAAUUGUUCGUAGCAGUGCCAUCUCCUAAUGCUAGUUUGUAUUAGUAUCGGUAUCUCAUAAGACACCGGAUUACUCCUCCUCCUCCUCCCCCUCCUCCUCCUCCUCCUGAAAUUAACAUUUGACGCCUUUGUUGUGCUCUUUCUUACCAUAUGUGCAUUUUCUUCUUAAAUUUUAGGUUUACGCCAAGGGCAGCAUAAGCUCCAUCAUCCGUGUUCUGGUAGACUCGAAAGGUGUUUAG